CUAUACAUAUAUAUAAAUUAAAUUCUAGUCAGUUUAAUUUCAUAUCUAUACUACAGAAUAAGAAGCAAAUUACCUAUUUUCAGUGCAUUUUUUCAACUAAAUUAACUAUGAGCCAAUUGAAUGUUCUAUGAGUCACUUUAUAUAUUGUUUCACUAAAAAUCACACGAUACUUAUUUUAAUGCAAGUAAUGAAUUGUUUUUCAAUAAAUGCUUUUUGCUGUCACACAAUUCCUCAGAUGACCUUUUCACUGUGGACAUUUGGGCUUCUAAUGAUCAGCCUCACAGGAGCUCACGAACUCAACCACUUUCCAGAAAACUUUGAGGUGGCAAAAAGGGAUGAAGAAUACACACUGACCUGCAAUUCAAAACCUGAUGACAUCGUCACAUGGAAGCUGAAUGGCGAUCCACUGGAAGAUGACGAAAAUGUAAAGCAAAAUGGUACAAAACUGACCGUGUUAGAUAUAGACACACCAAGUUUGGGUAACUACAGCUGCUGGAGAGGUGAAAAGAUGCUAUCCUCAACCUAUCUGCUGCUAAAGGUUGAUGAAGAAGACACAGUUGAUUCUCUCAUUAACUGUCGGGCAAAGUCUUAUGACUGUAACUUCAACUGCACCUGGACAGGCAAUGGAUACACAGCAGUGCGUCUUGGACUGGGUCAUUACUGCAGUAAAAGUUCAAAGUCCUGCCAGUGGAUUAGUGGCAGUCGGCAGCUCGCAGAGGGGAAAUUGCAGUUUGAGAUGUAUCACGACCUCUCACCCUACGCAGAGGAAAGCACCAUGCUUGAAGUCACUGCUGAGGCUAUAAGUGAUUUCUCCAUUUUCAGGACAUCCAAGAGAUUUUAUCUCAGAGACAUUGUUCAACCUGAUAGUCCCCAGAUUGUCAAGUGUCAGUUAGUGAACGAGGACGUGAAUGUGACCAUUGAUCCACCAUCCACCUGGUCAGCACCUUACAGCUUCUUCAGUCUGGAGCACGAAAUUGAAUAUGUGCUUAGAGAUGAUGGCCAAACUGAACGUUCAUCAUCUACUCUGAUACCGAAGAAAAUCAGCAAGCUCAGGGUUCGCUCCAGAGACUCACUGGUGCUCGCCAACUGGAGUCAGUGGACUCCCUGGAAAAAUGUGAAAACUGGAACAGAUCGACUAUGUCGAUGCAAAAACACGGAAAAAUAUUGUUGUCCAGAGUUGUCGCUUGAGGUUUUCAAUGGAUGCAAGAAAGAGAAGAGAAAACACAAGAAGCACGCUAAAUAUCCACAAUAAAACAUGGACUGUGAUUGACAGUGUUGUAGUGUAUACAUUUGGUGAGAGUAGAUUUAUAUAUGAAAUGUAAUUACUAAACCAUACUGCAGAUUGUAAGGAUUUUAUACUUGAUUUUUUAAAUGUAUAAAUUACAUGACAUCAUCAAAGAAUUCCUUCACAAACCAAAUAUCCUUCAUUUACCAGUUAUGGAGAUAUUAAAACCUUAAAGAUUUGCUAACACUUUUUUUGAAAAACCUUUUCUGUAUUUAAGUUUAUUCUUAUUGUUAUUUUAUAUAAUUAUAAUUAUUAGCAUGAAGGGGUGGUUUGUGGGAUUUAGUUGUCUUCAGAAAAAACAAAAACCUCCAUGUCCGACUUUGAAAUAAUUUUUUUAAAUCCUAAUAGUACAUAUGUGAUAUUAUAUUUAUUAUUAUAUUUAUUAUUAUAUUUAUAAAUACGGCAAACUUUAUAAAUAACAAAAUUUGCAAAUGUUUAUGUGAUAUUUUUGGUUGAUUGUGAAUUGGUAGAUAAAUGAAUAAUGCAGGAAUUUUAUUCACACUAAAGUUUGUAAUAAGAAGAAAUUUCAAACCAGACUUUACUGAAUACAUGAUUUGGGAUCAUAUAAGCUGUUAUGACUGAUCCAAGAUUUUAGCUUUUUUCUAUUGUCUGUUUAUGAUUUUUGUAUAUCUUCAGUUGAAAUAAUUUAUAAAUAUUAAUUUGCUUGUUUUGUCAAAUAAAAUUUAGAAUAUUUUGGUUAAAAGAUUUUAUAAAUGCAUUUGGAAAUGGGCUUCAAAGAGACACUGACAAACUUUACAUCUUUGUCAGAUGAAUUCAGCAUGAUAGAAAGGUUUUAGUUGGUUUAUAUUUUUCAAUUUUUUUUUACGUUAUGUAAAUAACUUUACUUUAAUGAAGUAUUUGACUUGUCUGUUAUAGAUAUAACUCUUUGUGUUUUGUCAUGCAGGCUUGUGGAUAGUUCACAUGUAAAUGACCUUUAAUAACCUUUAUUAGGGCAUUACAUUUUUUGUUUUUUCAUUUGACUGGGAUUUGAGUUCUGUCAUUUUGGCAAAUAGUUUAAAUCAAUACAGUAAAAUGGGACAACCUGUAAUGGUUCUUGGUCUUUGACCCAAUUUUUG